GAGCGGGGCCGGUCGGCGAGGCUGCGGGCGGAGGGACGCGAACCGCGGCUGGCUGGUUACGCGCGGGGCUUGGGAAGGAGACUUGGAACACCCAAACCAUCGCCGCACACACGCACCCUCGCUUACUCACACACAAUGCUAGCACUCAUUUCUCUCAAAAUAUUCGGUUCAAAUUGCGGCAACUUAAGAAAAAAAGAAUUCCAACUCUUGAUCUGGAAGAGAGAAGGGUGGGGAGAGGCUCUGUGUCACGGAGAGAAAAAUCAUGCCAGUUCCAUCUUUCUGGUCGGCUCCCGGAUCGAUCCCGGUGGACGGCGUGGGUUUCUCCAGGAUCUCCAGCUUGGACAUUGGUGGGGGCAGCGCUGGCAGCCAUCCCCUCACCUGCCAAUCAACCUUUGGGAAAUGCAUCCCACUUCCCUCUCUCUGAACCCCUUUCCAGUGGCCCCGCUCCCUGGAAUACUUUUCAAGUUUCUCCCCACCCUUUGCCCGCCCUCCCAGCCAGACCCGAGCCAGAUGCGUGGGCAGGAGUGGAGGGUUGUGGGCAACCCAUCACUACCUAUCCUUCACCACCUCUGGCCGCCUGGGGACCCUGUAGCUUGUGGGAGAAGGAGGGAGGGAGGUCAAAGUUUGCUUCCUUGGCUGAAGACAGAGAGGAGUUGCUGGGAAAAAAAGGAAUCUGAACAAGACCACCUGCUUAUUCUAUAAGCCCCCUUCUCCAGGGGCAGGGAGGAGGGGUUGCUUGGUGCCCUGAACCGUGGGCAGGCUCUUUCCCACCCAGAAUCCCCAACCCCUCUCGCCCUUUUGUGCUGUGUGAAAUCCCAGCUGCUUGGGAAGUGGGUAUAGAGAGAGCAUUCUGGGAGUGGAGGUGAGGAAGAAGGUGUUGGCAAGGCCUGGUGCUGACCUGAGUCCCUGGCAAGGCUGAUGCCUGGGGUAGAUGCUCUGGAGAGGCAGCUGGUCCUGGACGAGACCCUCCGCUCUUUGGCCAGCCCUUCCUCCCCGCAGGGCCCCGAGCUCCACGGCUGGCGCCCCCCGGUGGACUGCGUCCGGGCCAAUGAGCUGUGCGCCGCGGAAUCCAACUGCAGCUCCCGCUACCGCACACUUCGGCAGUGCCUGGCGGGCCGGGACCGCAACACCAUGCUGGCCAACAAGGAGUGCCAGGCGGCCCUGGAGGUCCUGCAGGAGAGCCCGCUGUACGACUGUCGCUGCAAGCGGGGCAUGAAGAAGGAGCUGCAGUGUCUGCAGAUCUACUGGAGCAUCCACCUGGGGCUGACCGAGGGUGAGGAGUUUUAUGAAGCCUCACCCUAUGAGCCGGUGACCUCCCGCCUCUCGGACAUCUUCAGGCUUGCUUCAAUCUUCUCAGGGACAGGAGCAGACCCCGCGGUCAGCGCCAAGAGCAACCACUGCCUGGACGCCGCCAAGGCCUGCAACCUGAACGACAACUGCAAGAAGCUGCGCUCCUCCUACAUCUCCAUCUGCAACCGCGAGAUCUCGCCCGCCGAGCGCUGCAACCGCCGCAAGUGCCACAAGGCCCUGCGCCAGUUCUUCGACCGCGUGCCCAGCGAGUACACCUACCGCAUGCUCUUCUGCUCCUGCCAGGACCAGGCGUGCGCCGAGCGCCGCCGCCAGACCAUCCUGCCCAGCUGCUCGUACGAGGACAAGGAGAAGCCCAACUGCCUGGACCUCCGCAGCGUCUGCCGGACCGACCACCUGUGCCGGUCCCGGCUGGCAGACUUCCACGCCAAUUGUCGUGCCUCCUACCAGACGCUUACCAGCUGCCCUGCCGACAAUUACCAGGCGUGUCUGGGCUCCUACGCUGGCAUGAUUGGGUUUGAUAUGACACCCAACUACGUGGACUCCAGCCCCACAGGCAUCGUGGUGUCCCCCUGGUGCAGUUGUCGUGGGAGUGGGAACAUGGAGGAGGAGUGUGAGAAGUUCCUCAGGGACUUCACUGAGAACCCGUGCCUCCGGAAUGCCAUCCAGGCCUUUGGCAAUGGCACAGAUGUGAACCUGUCCCCCAAGAACCCCCCAUUCCAGGCCACACAGGCCCCUCGGGUGGAGAAAGCACCUUCUUUGCCAGAUGACCUCAGUGACAGCACCAGCCUGGGGACCAGCGUCAUCACCACCUGCACAUCUGUCCAGGAACAGGGGCUGAAGGCCAAUAACUCCAAAGAGUUAAGCAUGUGCUUCACAGAGCUCACGACCAAUAUCAUCCCAGGGAGUAACAAGGUGAUCAAACCUAACUCAGGCCCCUGCAGAGCCACACCGUCGGCUGCCUUGACUGCUGUCUCCUUCCUGAUGCUGAAGCUGGCCUUGUAGGCUCUGGGAAUCAAGUCGGGAGAUUUCUGGAAACUACACAGAUGAGAACACCCACCAGGCAAAAUGGAAACACACACAGACACACAUACACACCUUGCAAAAAAAUGUUUUCCCCCACCUUGUCUCUGAACCUGUCUCCUCCCAGGUUUCUUCUCUGGAGAAGUUUUUCUAAACCAAACAGACAAGCAGGUGGGCAGCCUGAGAGCUGGCCCAGAGGUCCCUUGGCAGGGGAAACCCAGCGCUGAGAAAGGGCGUGGGGGUCUAGAAACGCGCUUCACUUUCUCCUGGUGUUUUCCUCUCUGGAUCCUGCUGAUGUAAGAGACCAAGACGACACCCCUGCAGCCCAAGGGACUCGUGGCUGUGCUGAUACAAACUGGGAGCAGGGUGGCGGCCCUUCUCCAGCUACCCACUCCGGGGACCUGCGGGGGGCCUGGCAGAGGGUGUUGGGGGGUGGGGCAGUGAAGCUGGCCACUGGGGGUCCCACCGGGUCCCUUGGUACCCCCACCGGGCUUCGAGGAUGGAGUUGAUUUCACCCUCUCUGUCUGCGGGGUGAGUGGAUCUGCAUCUGACCUGGGAACCCCCAGCAAGGCCUGGGGAGGGCGUGGCACUGGGCUCCCCGAUGUGACCUGGAGGGGGGUGGCCAGGGCCAAGCUCCGGGGGGCUUGGGAACUCAGCCCUCCUGGGACAUCUCCUGGGGCAGAGGGAGUAGAGCUUGGGCACUAGCUCAAGGCUGCUGCUUCCUCCUUGGUGGCAGGUAUUUUGAAAUCAAAGAGAAAUGAUCCUUUGUUGGCUCUUUUGGUUUCUUGUGGGUCCAUUUGGUGGGUUUCUCCCUCCUCCCCCACCCUGGGGAGAGGGGGCCCUGAGAGGGGCAGAGAAGAGCACGGUGGGACGCCUGUCCGCCCCAUGCUCCGGCGGCUGCAGCUCUCUCCUCCUCUCGGCUCCCUCUCUCUCUUUUCCACGUUCUCUCCUCAUUUCCCAGACGAACGCCAACUCUGUGUACAUAACACGCCUCCUUUCUCAACAUAUAUGUAUAUACACAUCCAUAUACAUAUAUUGUGUGGUUUCCCCUUUUUUUCCUUUUUUUAAGAAGCAAAACUAUAGAAAUAAUACCCAACAGAUGAACGAAAAUGUAUUAUUGUAAAGUUUAUUUUUUUUAAUAAUGUUGUCUAUAAUGAGGGAAAAAAAAAGAAGAUCGACUCCCCGUGUCUCUGCCCCCGUCGGGCUGACUGGGCUGUGGAGGGGGUUCCUGAUCCGGAUUCAUACUUAACCAAGGCUCCAAUAAAUAUACUAGGAAGCAGUUUGCCUUCUGCCUCACUCUGGGCGUGCCUUCUCCCCCUGUUUUGUUCUUAGCCCAGUGCCACCCCUUGGCCACUUACCUGGGCCCUUGGCGGGCCUUGGGGAGGGUGUGUGCAUGUCUGUGCAUGUGCACACAUGUCUCCAUCUGUCCUGUGUCUUUGGUGUGGGUGGUGGAGCUCCUUUAGGAGACAGUUUUCCACUUGGUGGAUCUUGGCAUCCUGGCCAGGCUGAGCCUGCUGGGCCCUUCUUCACCCGUCCUCUCCUGCUCCCUUUACCAGUCAGUGCCAAUGUGCUUUGGCCCUAGCCUUGAAGAGAAAGAAAGCAGUGGGGAGGAUGGAGGGCCGGGGGCAACUUGACCUUGAUGCCCUGAGUCUGUUUGGGUUUUAAGGCUGCCUGGGUGGUCCUAUUAAGUGGUCCUGUUGGUGGUAUCUUUCCACUGGGACUCCUUGCUUAUGAAGGGUAUGUGACUGUGAAGUCAGGGAUCCGGUCUUCUGGGUCAGCCACCGCUGGCCUUACUCUGGGUCGAGGUGGCCGUGAAGUUUACUUGGGAAUCCAUGUUCUUUGUGAAGAGCGACGCCUGGUUAACUUAAAAAGCUUUGUGGGGAGAAGGCUCACAGAAUCAGUGGAGAGGGGGGGACCGGGGGAGUCUAGGGCAGGAACCAAAGGACAUCUGGAGGGACAGAAGGCAUGAUCUGUGGGGUCAGCAUGCUGCUGCCUCUGGGAUGAAGGAUCACCAAGUGUCGCCCAACUGGCUGCACUGGGGCCUUGUGCCCACCUCCUGCCGCACUUUGGUGGGAGAGGAGAAUAUGUCAUGUCUGGCAUUCCUAGUGUGAUACAAGCUCUUGGCUUGCAUAACGAAGGAGAGGAAAUCUCCCGAAAUGAAACGGAGGUGCCGUCAGGAAGGAGGAACGGUUGUGGGGCAGCUUUACUCUGCCUGAAAACCUCUCCCUUUCCAGGUAUCACAUAGCUGGAAUUUUACUAUUAAAUACUCAUUCCUGUGGUUGGGAUGAUUCCUGUUCUCCGUGAUCCUCUCAAAAUAUGUAAAUAAAACUGGGAAGAGCAAA